AUAUUUUCUCCCUCUCCUUGUUUUGUUCCCAUCAGGAGUCCUGGCUCCCAGCUGCAGCCAUGUGAGAGAAGCCCUCCUUAACCAGAGGAUGCUCACAUCUAUCUAAAACAAAACAGCCCUCCCCCUCCUCCCCCCCUCCUGCUCCCUCCCUUCUUCCCACAUGAAGACAGGAAGAUGACUAUCACCAGCCGGCAGUCCUUCAAUGUCCUGACAAUCAUCUUCCUCCUGCUGUCUACUGCAGCCCUCUCAGCCCAUUACCGAGUCUGCGAACCCUACUCUGACCACAAAGGGCGGUACCACUUCGGCUUUCACUGCCCACGCCUCUCAGACAACAAGACCUACAUGUUCUGCUGUCACCAUAACAACACCGCCUUCAAGUACUGCUGCAACGACACCGAGUUCCAGAUGGUCAUGCAGGUCAACCUCACCACCACCUCAGACGGUUACGCACACAAUAAUUACACAGCCCUGGUCGGCGUGUGGAUCUACGGCUUCUUUGUCAUGGUGCUGCUGGCCCUGGACUUUCUCUACUACUCAGCCAUAAACUACGAGCUGUGCCGGAUCUAUCUGGAGAAGUGGGGACUGGGUGGACGCUGGCUAAAGAAGGCUCGGAAUCAGUGGCACAGGUCCAUGCCAGAGGAGAGCGAGGCCCAGGCUCAAGCCCAGCCCAUGGUUCCCAGCCACUACCAGCCCAGACACAGCCUCCGAGGGGAGAGCCACAGCCCCACGCUCCUGCCCUACACCACCUCCACCGCAUGAAUGAUGCUGCGAGUGGACGAACAGAAGAGUAGCAAAACCUGGUUUCCUUACAUGGUACAAAGGAGAUGCCCCACAGCCAGACCGACAGACAGAUGACACAAAACCACAGUUGGCCUGGCGAUUCUACAGUAGUUUGUAACGACUACGGCCCCUUUCUAAUGAGCACAAUACAGCGGAGGACUAACAGAAGCAGGCCGGCACGAACCCAACAAACAAAAGGAUUCUAUAACUACUGCUAUCAAAGCAGAGGACAAAGAAAGACAGUUAACUUUUCAAAAAGUUGUAGCGUUUACCCACGUUGUUCCAAACCAAUUCAAAUCCAACUGGAUAAGCUGUCCUCACAACUGAAGAACUGCGGCUGUCUUGGGGGGAAAAAAAAGAAAAAAGAAAACUCUAAUCUUUCUAGAUAUGACAUGUUUAUUACACUGCUGUGUCACUUUGUGUUCAGUAGCAGUUAGACACAGUUGUGAAUUAUCUAUUUGGUGAUUUAUUUAUGUGAAUUAGUCAGAGAAAUAUUUGAGUGGCUAACUUUCUGAACAUGUAACACCUUAGGUUGAUGCUGAGCAUCUCACUUAGAAUGUAGUACGUUUUUGUUACCUGCUGAAACCAGACGAAAUGUCUCUGCAUUCAUGCUGAAAAACAGUAUCUUGUAUGAAAUGUUUUUGGUCUCUUUUUCUGCAAAACAAGUGAUUUCUCUGAACUGUUUCUGACAAGAGCUUAGUGCCAUGCAGAUUAACUGCUCAUGGUUCAAAAUCUAAACAUGAAGUCAUUAAGAGUACUAUCUCUUCAGCUGAAAGACGAUUUAGGAUCAGGGAUGCCUUCACAAGAGCAAAGAGCUUCAUGCCAAGUGACACACUACUGUUUAAUCUUGGGGAUGAGCCCUACAAACUUACAACAAGCCCAAGCAGUUACUUGUAGUUUGGAUGUGACAUUUUCAUGCCCCUACAGCUGCAUUAAAGCAGAUUCAUUAGCAAUAUAUUGCAAAAGAUCAGCCCGUCAGCUCCUUUAUAAGAAAAACUCCCUGUCCUCAAUUGGUAACUUUCCAUUUUAAGCAAUUAGCCAUAUUAGAAAAUGUUUUUUUUUUAUCUAUUAGAAUCCCCAUCACUGUCAGCAAUAAUGUACAGUAGUUGAAUUACAGGGCAGAUACAUAGGGUGUGUAGAAGUCAUAUGGUCAUGUCUGGAAAAUCCCUGAGGUGUGCUUCAUAUGCAUAGGGUCAGCCUACGUUUGAUAAGAAGGUGGUCAGUGAAAUGUGCCCAAAGAGUUCCAGGAUAAAUUAACCCUAAAAAAGACCUCGAAAGAUUUCUAUGAGAGCCUUGCUAAAGGGAAAUACCUAAAUUAUUAUUAUUCUAAUUGUACGCUCCAACAGUACUUUCAAUCUACGCCUAUUCAUCCUUUUCACUCAUUUACUUGUUUCAUUACGCCACCAUCAGCCAAAAAACAGUGAAAAUGAGGUGUUGUGGAUCAACAUAUUCCUAACAUGCCGUUGUUAAUUAGUCUAUUCUUUUGCUCAUUUAUCAAAUAAUUGCUCUGCAUUUUUAAUGUUAAACAGAAAAAAACAAAAAACGGUUUUAUUUCCCAAAAGCAAUUUUUGUCACAGCUAUUUGCUCCCGGUUGAGUUUUUCAGUACACUCAUAGUUAAUAGAUAAAAAGGAACAAGUCAAGAGUUAGUAAAUUCUUCAUUUAGAAUUCAUUAAAAACAAAUAAUUGCAGGUUAAAAAGGUUGAAUUGCAAAACUCUGUAAAAUCCAGUUCACCUUUUUUUCUGUGGGAAAAAAAUGCACAAAGCUGUUUUUGGCCUCAGUUUCUGCAGCUAUGAUCGUAAAAGAGCAGAGAGACAGCAGUCAGGUACAACAGGAGGAGGUCGUCUGUUCCAAUCUUGCAUCUGCAAAUCGUCAUCUGGCAGCAGUCAGUCCUGCAAGUCUGCUCAAAUCCAAACCAGAUAGCAAUCACAGUCCAGAAUUGGCUAUAAUAAGACAGAUUCUCCUAAAUUUCUGCUGGUAGAGUAGAGCCAUGUGGAGGACUGAACUCUUACCUCCAUGUUUCACCUGCACGCUUCAUGGAGCUUAAAUGGAGCUUUAUAGGCCUGCCACAUCCAUCCUCAGUCAUCGAUGAUAAUAUUCAAAUUUGCUUAGUUGUUAGAGCAAAUGAAUUCCCUUUUACCUUACUAAAGUUUAAUUGCAUGCACGUCCCUGCGGAUUUGUGCCAUCACUUCUACGGGCAGAGAGGCUGGAAGUGUCCAAGUGAACUAAUUGGCCCAGAGCCCAGAGGUGGCUCCAAAUGACUCUCACUUGUUCCCAGAGUGUGAAUAGCAGCAGCAAAAAAGGGAGGUGAAGUUUUUAACAGGUGCAGGACUUGGAAGAUUUAAUUAAUCCCCAAUGCUGGAUACUUUUUUUUUUCAAGGUGAUGUGUUAGAAAAGGAACAUAUUGCUUGUCCGUGCACCAUACUAGGUGUUUUAACCUGUAAUGAGGACAAGAAGGCCAGUUCUCCAAAUCUAUUAGGUAAAACAUAAGUCAAACCCAGUGACUAAAAGUUUUUACUUAGCUUCUGACUCGCAGAAGCAGGGUCCAGAGUGGAUAUUCCAUAAGACAUAUGGGGUAUCGUCCCCUGUUCUUAAUGUUAUGACUUGGUUUUGUGAUGUUUUCUAUUUAGUUGAAAACAGUCUUGACUCUGGUCUGAUGUGAUGUGGUACUGUAAAUUGUAUCAGCCAAACCCUCUUCCUAUGUUUCAAAAAAGGAGAAAAAAAAGACGGGAAGAAAGAAGCAAACAUCUGUUUCAGUCUCUCCAGGUUGUCAUGGUAACAGUUGCCUUACAGUUGAAUACCCACCUGUACACAGAAGCUUUGUAGUGGUUGAUACCUCACAUUUUUUGGGUGUGGUGGUGAUGAAGAUGAUGUGCACCACGUUCUGUCUAUGUAUUUAGAUAGAAUGUAAUGUUUUCAGUUGGAUUGUUAUUGCACUUGUUGACUUUGUAUUGUCACAACAGGGAGAAAUAAAGUUUUAUCUUUUCCAGUGUGUUUAAA